AUGACGCCCUCCGCGCGGUCGGCGCCUAACCUGCUAUUCGUCAGCGUCACGUUCUCGGGCCACCUCAACCCCACCAUCGCCGUUGCGCGCGCCUGCAACCAGCGCCGCCUCUCGGCCGCCAAGGAUGCCUCGACCCCCGCCACCCACGCCCCCGACGCCGACGCCGCCGUCGUCCUCAACGGCGCAGCCGCCCCCGGCGCCGUCCGCUUCGCGGCGCUGUCCCGGGACCGUUCAAAAGUGGAAGCUGCGGGCCUCGAGUUCGUUGAUCUGGGGGAGCUCUCCACAGAGGAUGAGAAGAAGACGCAGCAGAUGAUGGCCGUCGGCCCCAGCGCGAACGAGGGCAAGGACAGCCUGAGCAUCGGGUGCCAGCUGUUCACCCUGAUGGAGCGCGCCAUGUUCCCACCGCUGGUGGAGGCGCUCGGCAGCGGCGGCGCCGCGGCCGGCACAGACGCGAUCGUCGCAGACUUUGCGACCCUGGCCGCCCACGAUGCGGCGGAGCACCUGGGGCUGCCGCUGGUGCUGCUGCAGCAGGGGCCCCUGGGGAUGAUCCUGACCGCGGCCGGGUUCAACAGCGCCAACAUGUACAGCCACGUGCCGCUCGAGUCCCCGGGCCCCUUCCUGCAGCGAGAGCGUCUGACGCUGGUGCAGCGCGCCCUCAACCCGGUGCUCAAGCGGGUCGUGGACUCACACCUGCGGGGCGUCGCGGGCCCGUUCCGUUCGGCGGUGCGCAAGCACCUGGGGCUGCCGAGCGUGCGGCUCAGCAUGUUCGGCUACGCCCCGAGUGUGGAGCGCGUGCUGCACCUGGUGUCUGGAUCAAUGGACCUGGAGACCGACCGCCCGCUGCCGCCCGGCUGGCACAUGACAGGCCAGCACAACGUUGACUUCAGCGAGGGCAACUUCCCUGUGCCCCUGGUGAAGGCGGGUGACGACACCAACCGCGACUUGGAAGCGUUCCUGCAGGCCGCUGCAGACGCGGGCCGUCCUGUGGUGUACAUUGCCACCGGCACCGUGGCCAAGCCGAGCAAGGCGCAGAUCGACGCCAUCGUGGGGGCCAUCCAGGCGAUGGAGGGCGCCAGCUUUGUGUGGAGCCUGCCCAAGGACUGCCAAGAACUCCUGCCUGGAGAGGACGUGGCGGAGUGGUCGGGCGGCCGCGCAAAGGUGCUGGCGUGGGCGCCGCAGCAGGCGCUGCUGGGCCACGCGGCUGUGCGGCUGUUUGUGACCCACGGCGGCCUGAACUCGACCUACGAGGGCGUCACCGCGGGGCUGCCGCUGGUGGUGCUGCCCUACUUUGCCGACCAGCCCAUCAACGCAAUGCACGUGGUCAACAAGGGGCUCGGCACCAUGCUCGACCCCUGGAACUUCACAGCAGCCGACCUCGCCGAGGCAGUGCAGCAGCUGCUUGCUGACGAGGACACACGCGCGCGCGCCGCGGAGAUGGGCCGCCGGCUGCGUGCACGGACGCCGGGCCCGCGCCGCGCGGCGGAGCUCAUCUUCGAGUUUGCUCAGGCAUGA